GGAGCUUAAUUACUAUUUUAUUGAUGGGAAGGCUUAAUUACUGUUUCAUACUUUAUUAUUAUAACGUUCGUGUUCAAAUUGAUUAGGCACUAGGCAGACCUACUUCAAUAAGUAUUUAAACCUCCAGGCUUUGAUCUUCCAAACUCUUUAACCCUCUGUGAUCUUUCAUUGAAAUUCCCUCCUUGUAUGUCUGUUCCUUCUCUUGCCUACUGUUUGCCACCUUGAUUCAGUUGAACUUUUCUUGCUUGUUCUGGCCUUUGAAACAUGCAAUCAAGCUCCAACAGUUGCACUACUGGAGCCACAGAAUCUGGUAUCUGAUACUUUUUGGUUUGGAAAUGAACUUGGUCACCAUUUGAAAUGGAUUGCAUUCGAAUGUCCCAUUUUGUUUUGUUCUUUACGGUCCUGAGUGCUGUUCUGGCGGUCACUUUUGGAGAUAGUUCAACAGAUUCCUACUGGCUUCACAGAAUCAAAUCAAAGCUAGUUGAUCCUGCAGGGGUUCUUGAGAGCUGGCCUCCCACAGCUCAUGUAUGCAGCUGGAAUGGCCUGAGAUGUUCAGAUGAUGAAGCUUAUGUCAUUGGCUUGAACCUAUCUGCUUCAAGAUUGUCAGGUUCCUUACCGCCUGAGUUUUGGAACCUCAGUUCUCUUCAAACACUUGACUUGUCUCUGAAUUUUCUCACUGGCUCAAUUCCCCCUGAGAUUGGACAGCUUCAAAAUCUAAGAACACUGCUCCUAUAUUCAAAUAGUCUCUCUGGUAAAAUCCCUCCAGAGAUAGGCCUUUUGAAGAAGCUGCAAGUUCUUAGAAUAGGAGAUAACAUGUUGGCUGGUCAAAUCCCACCAAAUAUUGGCAACUUGACUGAGUUGAGAGUGCUGGGUCUUGCGUAUUGCCAAUUAAAUGGAAGUAUUCCUGCAGAGAUUGGUAACUUGAAGAAUCUGAUAUCUCUUGAUUUGCAGCAGAACAGUCUCAGUGGCCUCAUUCCAACAGAGAUUCAUGGCUGUGACGAGCUUCAAAAUUUUGCAGCAUCAAACAACAAGCUUGAUGGAGAAAUCCCUGCUUCAAUCGGGAAGCUUCAAUCGCUGCAAAUUUUGAACUUGGCCAAUAACAGCCUUUCUGGAUUGAUUCCUACUGAGCUAAGUCAUCUUUCCAAUUUGCAGUACUUGAAUUUGCUUGGAAAUAGGCUGAAUGGCGAAAUUCCUUCAGAGCUAAACCAUUUGGUUCAGCUCCAGAAGCUUGACUUGUCCAGUAAUAACCUAUCAGGGAGCAUAAACCUGUUUAAUAUCCAAUUGCAGAAUCUUGAAGUUCUAGUUUUGGCUGACAAUGCUUUCACCGGUAGCAUUCCAAGCAACUUUUGCCUUAAGAAUUCAAAUUUGCAACAACUUUUUCUAGCUCAAAAUAAGCUCUCUGGAGGGUUCCCCUUGGAGCUGCUGAACUGCUCCUUACUCCAACAACUAGAUCUUUCCAACAACAACUUUGAAGGAGAGUUACCACCUAGCUUUGACAAAUUACAGAACCUCACAGAUCUCCUGCUCAAUAAUAACAGCUUCAGUGGAAGUCUUCCUCCUGGAAUCGGAAACAUUAGUAACUUGGAAAAUCUUUAUCUCUUUGACAACAUGAUCACAGGUUCAAUUCCAGUGGAGAUCGGUAAGCUGCAGAGGCUGAGCACCAUCUACCUGUAUGAUAACCAGAUGUCUGGAAGUAUACCAAUGGAGUUAACAAAUUGUACAAGCUUAGCUGCUAUUGAUUUCUUUGGGAACCACUUCAGCGGUUCCAUUCCGGAAACUAUUGGAAAGCUCAAAAAUCUAGUUUUGCUUCAAUUGAGGCAGAAUGACUUGUCAGGUCCAAUUCCACCAAGUUUGGGCUACUGCAAAAGGCUGCAGCAGUUGGCUUUAGCUGAUAAUAAACUGUCAGGGGUUUUGCCACCAACAUUCAGAUUCCUUUCUGAAUUGAGCACUGUUACACUUUACAACAACUCUUUUGAAGGUCCUUUACCUGAAUCACUCUCCUAUCUAAAGAACCUCAAAAUAAUCAAUUUUUCUCACAAUAAGUUUAGUGGCACCAUCUUUCCCCUCACAGUUUCCAAUUCUUUGACUGCCUUGGAUUUAACAAACAACAGCUUCUCAGGUAGCAUUCCUUCGACGCUAGCCAUUUCGAAAAAUCUAACCCGUCUCCGCCUGGCAACCAAUCUUCUCACUGGCAACAUUCCUUCAGAGUUAGGCCAACUCACAAAGCUCGCUUUUCUCGAUUUAUCCUUCAACCAUCUAACAGGAGAAGUGCCAUCCCAACUCUCUAGCUGUCAAAAACUUCAGCACCUUCUGCUUAAUAAUAACCAAUUCACAGGCAAAAUGCCCAAUUGGUUGGGGAGCCUACAGGAACUCGGGGAGCUACAUCUUUCUUCCAAUAAUUUCCAUGGACCGGUUCCUGCUGAGCUUGGAAACUGCUCAAGAUUACUAAAGCUUUCUCUUGAUACCAACAAUCUCUCCGGUGAGAUCCCACAGGAGAUUGGGGAACUCACUUCUCUCAAUGUCCUAAAUCUGCAAAGAAACAAUCUCUCAGGUUCCAUUCCUCCAACUAUCCAGCAAUGCAAGAAGCUCUAUGAGCUAAGACUUUCAGAAAACUUCUUCACAGGCUCAAUACCAUCUGAGCUAGGUAGGCUAACUGAACUACAAGUGAUCUUGGAUUUGAGCAGAAAUCUUUUGUCUGGUGAGAUUCCAUCAUCUCUUGGAAACCUUUUGAAGCUGGAAAGGUUGAAUCUCUCUUUCAACCGACUUCAAGGAGAAGUUCCCUCUUCACUUGGAAAGCUGACCAGCCUCGACAUGCUAAACCUUUCAAAUAAUCAUCUCCAGGGAGAACUUCCUUCUACCUUUUCAGGAUUCCCACUUGGUUCUUUCUCGGGUAAUGACAAGCUCUGCGGCCCACCAUUAUCAUCGUGCAUGGAUUCAGCGGGUCAUGAAAAGAACAAACUGUCCAACACUGCAGUUAUUUGUAUUAUAGUGGCCAUUGUUUUCACUUCUACAGUUAUAUGUUUGGUGCUGAUUUACAUCAUGUUAAGAAUCUGGUGCAACUGGAGAAAAGUUUCGAUUUCCAAUUCAGAAGGAGCCGGGAUUGAACAAAAAAGAGAAGAAGAGAAAUGGGUGUAUGGAGAUGAGAAGAAAAGGAAAGGGGAGUACUGGAGAGUGAAUUCCAUGGCAUUGGUUCCUUCACAGAAGGAGCACAUCUCUUCAUCAUGCAUUUUUCACGUUAAAAUGGAUACUCAAAACCAUGGAAAAUAACUUGGUAUAGAGAGAUAUUGUUAUUUCAUGCUUCAAAUCUUGUCAGCUUUUCAUUGUAAUUUGUACAAUUCUGUCUCUCUUUUACUCUCUAUUUUUUCAGUCAAAAAUUUACUUGAUGCAUGUGUUGUAAUGGGUUCAAAGCUCACAAAAUUCAGUGUGUACAGAAACUUCAUCUUUACUCUUCCAGAGGCCACAGAUCAGACUCUUGAAUU